AUGAACUAUUUGAGUGCUUUCCGAUUAUUGGUUCACUUUUCUCUCCUACUCUUCCUUCUCAUCUCAUGUAAACCAAAGAAUCAAACUCGUCACGUACAAAAAAGCAAGUUGCAUUCAAAGAAGAGUGGAAUUGAGAAGAAGCCGAAGGAAGUGGUGACACCGGCGAUUCAGUCGGAUCCAGCUGGAACACCGAAACCGUCGAAUGAGGAUGGUCAGGCACCGGGAAAUGCAGCGAUGAAAUCGAAUAGGAAUAAGAAUAAGGAGAAAACGACACGAGCGGAUCCUAUUCAGCGAGAUAGUAACAUCCAACCACCCCCUUCAUCGGCCACAUUCCAACUAUGUACAACUCAGGAGGAAGAGGUUCAGAGCAAGAAAAAACCAGUAUUGAAGGAAGAGUAUUUCGAAGAUCAGAACGAUGAUGACACCUUGGUGUGUGUGAAGAGUAUUGAGAAUUGA